AUUCAAAAGGCGAAACUAAACGUCUUUUUUAAAGUUAGAAAGUCUUUAAAUUUGCGUUUAUUAUUCCUGAUGCUUCCUCUAAGUUUCAGGUUUAUUACGAUAUUUUACUCUAAUCUAUCUGAUAACUAAAUAAAGACACACGUGUGGCUGAAGAAAACAAACAAAGCAGGACAGAUGGAAGUAAAUGCGGGUUUUAGAGAAAUGCUGCUGCUGAUGAACUGAAUGUUGUCAGCAGCAGUUAAGAGAAUUAAACGAGAAAAAGAGAUUAAAAUGUUACAUUUAUUUAAAACGUGUUCAUCCUCAUAUUUAAGAUUAUUUUUCUGAUUAUUUUGGUGAGUUAAAAUGUGCCUGAUCGGUUAUUUUUGUGAUUGUUAUCAUUUCUCGGCAUUUUGAACGUUCCUGAGUCGUUCUGCUCGUUUAUUCUAACCUCGCCGGCUCCUCCGGGUAGUUUUUGCGCGCCGCUCACGCACGCUGGACCGCUCCGCAGCUACUUUUCGUAAAGCUUUUCUCAUUUCAAAGAACUGUUUUUGUCUCCCGCGCGCUGAUUUUCCACGUGUGCCGCACUUGUAGCAGGGUUUCCCCGCAGCUCCCGCUGCGCGCGCGCAGACGAGCCGCGGCCGCAGCAGCGCAUCCGCGGCAGGUGCGUCCUCCUCAGCAUCCUCCUCGUCUCCGCCCCUCGCGCUGCUCGCUGGGAGGAUUUAAGCGCGCACGCUGCGAUGAUGAGGGCUUUCUGAGGCUGACAGAUUUCAAAACUCGUCGGAGUUUCGAGUUUCACAGGUAAGAAAACUUCGAUCCGUUCCCAGAGCGCACCAAUCCGCGUGGGUUGGACUUCUCACUUCAUAACUUUUUACUCUCAGUUUUAACUCAGAGACGUGAGUGUGUGAGAAGCUGCGUGCGUUUGGCCAAAGAUGAACCCCGACGUGGAUUACGGAGGCUCUGGGAGCAGCGGCAACGGGAAGCUGCGCCAGUGGCUGAUCGAGCAGGUGGACUGCGGGAAAUAUCCCGGUCUGGUUUGGGAGAACGACGAGAAAACCAUCUUCAGGAUCCCGUGGAAACACGCCGGGAAGCAGGACUACAACCGGGACGAGGAUGCCGCGCUUUUCAAGGCCUGGGCGCUGUUUAAGGGCAAGUUCCGGGAGGGCGUUGAUAAGCCGGACCCCCCCACCUGGAAGACGCGCCUGCGCUGCGCCCUCAACAAGAGCAACGACUUUGAGGAGCUUGUGGAGCGGAGCCAGCUGGACAUCUCUGAUCCUUACAAGGUCUACCGCAUCAUCCCCGAGGGCGCCAAGAAAAGACCCAGACAGGAGGACAGUCCGCUGAGUCCAGGCAGCUACCAGAUGCACCCCUCCUACCCCGCCGUGCCCAACCAGAUGUCUCAGUACAUGCAAAGUCCAGAGUGCAGCUGGAGGGACUACUGUCCAGAGCAGGCGUCUCUGCCUGAGCUGUCCUUCCCUCAGUGUCCCUGUCCCCCCCGGAGCCUGCCAUGGCAACCGGCAUCCAUGGAAAACGGAUACCAGCUCAGGGCUUCCAUUUAUUCCUACGGUCCUGCAAACAGCCAGCCUUCCCCGUUCUCUCUGGAUGCCAGCAUCAGAUCAGCAGAAGCCCUGUCAGACUACCGUCUGCACGUGUCGGUUUAUCUACGGGACACUCUGGUGAGGGAGGUGACCACGUCCAGUCCGGAGGGCUGCCACAUCACACCCUGUCCCCUGGAGAAGCACUAUCUGACGCCCGGAAGCCCAGAAAUCAUCCCCCUGCCUGUGGACAGCCUGCCAGCCCAGAGGAGGGCCGAUGAGUGUCCUCCGAGUCCGCCGUCCGUGCUGGAGAAGGGAGUCCAGCUGUGGAUGGGAGCAGACGGACUCUACGCCCGCAGGAUGUGUCAGAGCCGGGUGUACUGGGAGGGAGGCCCAUCGCCGUAUGGAGACAAACCCAACAAGUUGGAGAAAGAAGCCAUCUGUAAACUUCUCCACACACAGGACUACCUCACAGAGAUCCAGAGUUUUGGGCUCCAUGGUCAGCCGCCGUCCCGUUUCCAGGUCCUGCUGAGUUUUGGAGAUGAGUGCCUGGACCCGCAAAGACAAAGACGGACCCUCACUGUCCAGGUGGAGCCGCUGUUUGCCCGGCAGCUGCUGUGCUACGCCCAACAGACCAGUGGCCACUACUACCGCAGCUACGAGCACCUGGGGGUCACGGAGCACAUAAAUGCCACCGAAGACUACCAGAGAGCUGUGUCACACCACCACAGCAGCAGCCUGCAGGAGUGACCUGGCAGCAGCCAUUAAAGUGACUUUUGAAACUAUGCAAACAUCUCUGGGACAAACAGGCAAACAUGGACAGCUUUGUACAUAAGACAAAGACAAGUUUUUUUUAUUAUUAUUAUUAUCCCUGUUUUUCACGUGCCUGUGAGUUUAUGUAUUUGUGUUGUUUAACCAGUAAUUACCGGAUCUUUUUGUUAUUACUGCAUAUUUUAAUGUUUUACAGACACAUCAGGCAGAUGAAACUGACAGCAGAGGUGAUUGUAAUGAAGAGAACAGUGGGGCAGACUUUAGGGUUACUCGUAUGCAGUCAAAUUCAGAAACAAGCUGAAAAAAAAACCUAGCAUAGCUCUAUUCGAAUUUUAUAACAUCAUAUUUUAGUCCAAACCAAUGAAAAAAAGAUUAAGCAACUUAAUUUAAUUUCAUGGGACACAGAUCAGGAAAUUACACCAUUUACCUUUUGUGCUAAAGAUAGCCACCUAGCUACACGGUCAGUUUUGUGCUAAAGAUAGCCACCUAGCUACACGGUCAGUUUUGUGUUAAAGAUAGCCACCUAGCUACACGGUCAGUUUUGUGUUAAAGAUAGCCACCUAGCUACACGGUCAGUUUUGUGGUAAAGAUAGCCACCUAGCUACACGGUCAGUUUUGUGUUAAAGAUAGCCACCUAGCUACACGGUCAGUUUUGUGGUAAAGAUAGCCACCUAGCUACACGGUCAGUUUUGUGCUAAAGAUAGCCACCUAGCUACACGAUCAGUGUUGUGCUAAAGAUAGCCACCUAGCUACACGAUCAGUGUUGUGCUAAAGAUAGCCACCUAGCUACACGAUCAGUUUUGUGCUAAAGAUAGCCACCUAGCUACACGGUCAGUUUUGUGCUAAAGAUAGUCACCUAGCUACACGGUCAGUUUUGUGCUAAAGAUAGCCACCUAGCUACACGAUCAGUUUUGUGCUAAAGAUAGUCACCUAGCUACACGGUCAGUUUUGUGCUAAAGCCACCUAGCUACACGGUCAGUUUUGUGCUAAAGAUAGCCACCUAGCUACACGGUCAUUAGUUCUUUCUAUAUGAAGAAAGUGAAAAGGUUUCCCAGCCUGAACAAUCUUGCAUCACAUACUUGUUAAAUUUUUGUAGAGUUGAAACAUAAUAAAGACCUUCAAAUGGAGGAUAUAACCGCUGGCUAGCUUAGCCUAGCUUAUUGCAGCUCCAGCUACGUAGCUGUAGCUUGAGUGAAUAUUUUAUCAUACACCACUUAUAAAACAUCUUUAUUAGAACAAUUUUUUAAAGUCAUAAUUGUUUUGUGCUAAAGUUAACUGAACUGUGCAAAGACCCAGUUUGAACAUCCAACAGACGCGAUCUGGACCGACGGACGCGAUCUACACGUCAUUGUGACGUUGACUGUUUGCAGGGUAGCUCCAGUUUGUAAGAACAGGUUUUCUUUUGCCGGAAGGAGGUUAUUUUUAUUUUUUAAUCUACAAACCACUUUUUUAUUGAUAUAAACUUUU